CCUUCCUUAGCUGGGUGUGGUUAUUGCUGCCAGAACUUAGUGUUCCGUUAGCAGCAGUGGGAUUAGUCGCACAGCUACAGACAGGCAGCCCGGCGGCGGCGCAGAGACCCUCUGGCACCCACUCACUGUAUGGGGAGACGCUGAACGAGCCAAGACACAAGUCAGACAGAGAGAUCUCACCAGCAAUCACCAUGCCAAAAACUAUCAGUGUACGUGUGACCACCAUGGAUGCUGAGCUGGAGUUUGCCAUCCAGCCCAACACCACGGGAAAACAGCUUUUCGACCAGGUUGUGAAAACCAUUGGCCUUCGGGAAGUCUGGUUCUUUGGGCUACAAUACCAGGACACAAAGGGCUUCUCCACAUGGCUAAAGCUCAACAAAAAGGUGACAGCCCAGGAUGUUCGGAAAGAUAGCCCGCUUCUCUUCAAGUUCCGUGCCAAGUUCUACCCCGAGGAUGUGUCUGAGGAACUGAUCCAGGACAUCACCCAGAGGCUUUUCUUCCUGCAAGUGAAGGAGGGGAUCCUAAAUGAUGAUAUUUAUUGCCCCCCAGAGACUGCAGUGUUGCUUGCAUCGUAUGCCGUGCAGGCCAAGUACGGAGAUUACAACAAAGAAGCGCAGAAGCCAGGAUACUUAUCAGGGGAUAAGCUUCUUCCACAGAGAGUUCUGGAGCAGCAUAAACUCACAAAAGACCAGUGGGAGGACAGAAUCCAUGUCUGGCAUGAGGAGCACCGUGGAAUGCUCAGGGAGGAUGCUAUUCUGGAAUACCUGAAGAUAGCGCAGGACUUGGAGAUGUAUGGAGUGAACUACUUCAGCAUCAAAAACAAGAAAGGCUCUGAGCUUUGGCUUGGUGUGGAUGCUCUCGGCCUGAACAUCUAUGAACAGAAUGAUCGAUUAACACCAAAGAUCGGCUUUCCGUGGAGUGAGAUCCGAAACAUUUCUUUCAACGACAAGAAAUUUGUAAUCAAACCAAUUGACAAGAAAGCUCCUGACUUUGUGUUUUAUGCUCCACGGUUACGGAUCAACAAGCGGAUAUUGGCGCUCUGCAUGGGGAACCACGAGCUGUAUAUGCGCCGCAGGAAACCAGAUACUAUCGAAGUGCAGCAAAUGAAGGCCCAAGCGCGAGAGGAGAAGCAUCAGAAGCAGAUGGAAAGGGCUCUGCUGGAGAAUGAGAAGAAGAAGAGAGAGUUAGCCGAGAAGGAAAAGGAAAAGAUUGAGCGGGAGAAGGAAGAGCUGAUGGAACGACUAAGGCAGAUUGAAGAUCAGACAAGAAAAGCACAAGAAGCUUUGGAGGAUCAGACCCGAAAGGCUCUAGAGCUGGAAGAAGAGAGGAGACGGGCCAAGGACGAGGCAGAGAAGCUUGCAAGGGAGCGCCUAGCUGCAGAGGAAGCAAAGGAAGCUCUGCUGAAGCAAUCUCAGGACCAGAUGAAGAACCAGGAGCAGCUGGCUGCUGAACUGUCCGAGCUGACUGCAACAAUCGGCCAACUAGAAUUUGCUCGACAGAAGAAGGAGGAGGAAGCCAAUGAGUGGCAGAUGAAGGCUCACAAUGUGCAAGCUGAUCUGGAGAAGACCCAGGAGGAACUGAAACUGGUAAUGACCACCCCCCAUGUAUCGGAGCCUGUGCACGGCGAGAACGAGCACGAUGAUGAGCAGGACGAGAAUAAUGCGGAAGCCAGUGCCGAACUUAAAUCCGAAGCAAUGAUCAAGGACCGAAGUGAAGAAGAUCGCACCACGGAAGCAGAGAAGAAUGAGAGAGUGCAGAAACACCUGCUGCUAUUGAGCUCUGAGCUCGCCAACGCCAGAGAUGACACAAAGAAAACGACCAAUGACCUCCUCCAUGCUGAGAACGUGCGCGCGGGAAGGGACAAGUACAAGACUCUCCGUCAGAUCCGUCAGGGCAACACCAAGCAGCGUAUAGAUGAAUUUGAAUCCAUGUAACACCCUAUAACCUCCCCGUCCAUUCCACACAUCUGUGUCUUUCCUUUCCAUGGCUCAGCUGGAACCGCCACUCAAAUGAGUCGGGGUCUAAUGCCGCACAAUCAUUGGCCGUUAAGAUGUGAACCAGUCUUUCUCUUGUGCAGGAAGGUAGAAAAUCCACCUUUUUUUGUAAUCUGGUUUUGUUCAGUACGUAUUGAACAGGGGGCUGCAGAAACACCUUAUUGCUCCUCUCCUGCAGUACAAGGGUUCAGAAAAUGAACCUCCGUGUUCCAAUUUCCCUUCAUUGUUUCGACCAAUCAUUUUGUUAGGAUUUGCUGGAUUCUGCCAUUCCAGAACCACAAUCACAAUCUAAAUUUGUAUCCAGAUGCCUGAAACCUUCCCGUUUGCACAGUGUUAAUUACAUUAUGAAUUGGUGGAUGACUUUAUAUAUCCUCCUCCCUUUUCCAGUUAUUGGAUCUGCAGCAGCAGAACUUUUGAGGGUUUUUUUUUUUUUACAGGUGCCUUAACCUAAAAAAAAAAAAGGGCCUGUAACCCAUAAAUCUCAUACACUGUAAUGAAAAUAUAUGUUUAAUAUAUUAUUUUUGACGUGCAAAUUUUUUUUAAUUUUAAGACAAUGUAACAAAAAGAGCAAGCAGUCCAUAAUAAUAUAUAUAUAUAUAUAUAUAAAUAGAGAAAGUUCAAGAUUUUAUGUGGGUGACUGCUCUUGGCCCCAGGCCGAUGGUUCCAACCUUUAUAAACAGUGUUCACAUGUGCAAAAAGGCUUUGACCUCGCCCGUGUGCUGGUGACCAAUCACCUUUGAUCUUGGUAAAGGCUACACAGUAACCCUCUAAAUUUUUUUUAACCCUUCGCUGCUGGAGAGCGCACGAGUGCUUUUGUCUUGGUGGUUCAAGUUCCACGCUGGCACCUCCUUUCUCCCUCUACCAGUAUUAUAUAUUCCUGUUAUAUCUAAUAUUAUGAUUUUUUUUUUUCUAGCUCUGCACAGUUUAGUAAAUAGUACAUGGAAGAGGCAAAAAGUUCUUAUGGGAAGCAAAACAAAAAACUGUAUACUGUAUUAUAAUAAAAAAAAAAAGGUUAUUUUGGGACAGUAUAGUGUUAAAAUAAGCAAAAUAAGAUUUCAGUAUUAAACUUGAGAUUUCUAGUAUUUUUUAUUUGACAAAUGACUUUAAUCUUUUCAUUCCUGGUUAUAUGGUUGCCCUCCCCCCCUUACCAAAGUGUUAUAUUAUAUAUUAUUAUUUUUCUUCUACUGCUGUAAAUUUAUGUUGUGGGAUGUUAACAGCAGAGAGAGGGGUCGGCAAGUGGGGUUCUUAUCCUACUAACCCAGUGCACAGACCCAUUAAAAAAAAAACAACGGAAAAUCUAUGUUUUGUUUGUUAUUUUUGUUUUCCCUUUUUUUUUUGGCUGAACUUGUUUUGUUCUUCCUGUGCCAAUAAAGUUAUAACAAUUUGGA